AUGAUAAAUAAGUUGUAAGUGGGAUAUCUAGUAAUUGGAUUUACAGCAGGAUUUUAUUUUGCGAUUAACUUGGAUCAAGCAUAUUACUUCUCUUUGCAUCAUAAGUUGUUCUUGCCAUUAAGAGAUGAAAUAAACAAGGCUGACAGAACAUUUUCAACAGUGUUUAAUACUUUCAAACAGGGGAUCAAGAAUGCUUAUGAUGAUAUUUGA